UGAAUCCCACUAUUGGUAUAUAGAUUUUUCUUCUUCUUUUACAAAUUUAAAAGUUGUGAUUUAAUUUUUUUUAAAAUUAAUAAAUCGUUUCUUUAAUUCAUUAUUCUUAUUCUACCAAACUAAAUAAAUAUGCUAAAUAAACUUUGCUCAAAUUUUUGGUUUAAACAAACAAACAUCUAUUUCAAAUAUUUGUCUUCGCUCGUUACUAGUCUUGACAAAUAUGGAGUUAAGGUAGUUUCUCGAACCUAACUCCAUAAGCCCUCUUAAAUGCCUUGGCAAUCAAUGGAACAGACCUUCCACCGAUUGAUAUCCGGGGCGGAAUACCCGGACUCUCCAAUACUGGCUUUCGUGUUUGUAGUCAUGUUCUGUCGACGCAGCGGAGUUCGGUGACUGUCGGUGCAGGCGCAACAAUCUGAAUACCGCCCUCGUAUCAGCGCCGAUGGCUUGUUCGGCGUCACUGGUGGCGCGCGUGCAAUGACUCAACCUCGUCGUUUGAGAAUCGUCUGCGUAAACAAAAAAUACAGCCCCUGGAAACGCUCCUCCCUAGGCACUGCAUUCGUCAAGAAGCCAUCGCGUCAUGAUCCAGCGUAUUGAACUUGGUCCUCUAUUCUGGGGGUUGUACAGUUUUAGUUUGGUUGCUUCCACAGGUCUCUGUUGCUCAGUAACGCUGUUGCUGACUGUAGGCGGUGGCGCAUCCUGCGGGAAGGAGUUUAAAAGAUGGAGGUUCACUAUGUAAUUUUCCCCACAGGUUUUGCGUUGGGUCGGUGAUUUCCUAGAGACAUUAAUUUCGCGAUGAAAGGCUAGAAAAUUUACUGGCGGAGGCUCUGGUUUCUUUGUGUAAUUGGUUUUGCACAUGCAGAGGUUUUUGGACUUUUAGAUUUUGAAUUUUAGAGAUAAUAUGACGUUCUCGAGGGCUUAUGCGAUGUGCACUGAUUUGGAACGCUUGCGUUCAAUUCGGUAGCAUCAUCCGUCAGUUGGAAUGGGAUCGCAACUUUCUCUUCCCCAUUUUCUAGAACUGCGGAUGAGAGCUCGAGAGGUUUCGUUGCUCGUAACCCUGCUACUAGGAUCUGCAGCGGGGGACUAAACCGCUUCGUGUUUGCAUCGUCAACAACAAUGGCGCAAGGAGUUGCAGUAGCGAGUCAUACAUUACCUUUGGAAACGUUCGGAGUGUCCAUGUACCCUAUGUUCAGGAGUAAAGUUAUUUACCUGGUGCGCCACGGGCAGGGCGUCCAUAACGUAUCUGGGGAGACCGACCAUGCCAAUUAUAAGUCCUGGGACCACAUGGAUGCGCCUCUCACAGAUCUGGGAAGGCAGCAGGCGGAAGCUCUUCACGACCAUGUAGAGGCCACGGGAAUAAAGGCCCAGGUCGAGCUGGUCGUGGUCUCCCCUCUUCUGCGUACAUUGCAGACAGCCACAAGAGUUUGGGGUGAAGCUGCAUUGCCAGAAGGAGAGUCCCCCUUGUUGGUGAGUAGAUCAGGAAAAUUCCAGCACGCUCCCAUUGCACCCUCGAGGUCGUUGAAAUUCGUCGCGAAUGAAUGGUGUCGUGAAAGGACCGGAGUGAACCCAUGUGACAGACGCUCCAACAUCUCCAUCUACAGAAAAGACUUUCCUGGGGUGGAUUUCUCGGAGGUCCAGACCGACGAGGAUACGUGGUGGCAUGAUACCAAGCGCGAGACCAACGAGGAGGUUUUCGACAGGGCCAGAGUGCUGGUGAGAUGGCUGCUGGACCGCCCCGAGUCACAAAUUGCCCUCGUCUCGCACUCUAGUUUUUUACUCCGCAUGUGUCAAUUGCUCGGCGCGGGCUGCUCCGAUGUCGUGAGGACAGAAAUCCAAACAGGCUUCCAGAAUUGCGAGAUGCGGGCUAUGGUGAUCGUGGAUCGAUUGGCUUCUGGCCCUCCCACAACUGCUUCUUUGGACUUUCGUGGGGGUUUGAAUCACGACGUUCUCUUGAGGAGAGACAUGGACAUCCCUCACAGAAAGAUCGUUGCAGAGGACACAUUCGUCCUGCAAGCGGACAGCUUCCCCACUGUUGCGUAGUCACCUGAACCAUCAUUCAAAGCUAUUUCGAAUGGGUAACUUUCUCAUGAUUGAUGGUUAGACACUUUUGUAGCCUCAAUGGAUUGUUCCAGUGCUUCAUCCUUAGCAUUGAUAACCGUCAUCUACAUUCUUGGCUGCACUACAAGUUACAGAUUUCUACAUGGCUAUUAUUCUCUCUGAAUGUAGUCUGCACACUGUUCUCAAUAUGCAGAUUCUUGUGGUUUUCUUGUCUCA